AUGGCGACCAAAAUAAUUGAUAUCCGGACAGACACUGCGGAGUCCGAUAUCCUCGCCGAUAUCAAGAAGGGUCUACGGCCUGAGAAUGGUGGCGAAAAGAAGCUGCCCACGUUGUUGCUCUACGACCAGAAAGGUCUUCGAUUAUUCGAAGAAAUUACAUACCAAGAAGAGUACUACCUAACAAAUGCCGAAAUCGAGGUCCUCGAGACAUAUGCGGAUAAAAUCGCCGAACGAAUCCCGCCGAAUUCCAUCAUCGUGGAACUGGGGAGUGGCAACCUCAGAAAGGUGAAUAUACUUUUGCAGGCCGUCGAUCGUCUUGGCAAAGACGUCGAGUAUUACGCUGUCGAUCUAUCCCUCCCAGAGCUGAAGAGGACAUUCGGCGAAAUACCUACAGAAGGAUACAAGCAUGUCAAGUGCUUUGGGCUAUAUGGCACGUACGACGAUGCCCUAGAGUGGCUGAAGACUCCCGAAAUCGAAGCGAAACCGAAGACCAUUCUUUGGCUGGGCUCUAGCCUGGGCAAUUUUAAGCGUCAUGAGGUGCCGCCAUUCCUUGCCGGGUUUGGUGCAGUCUUACAGACUGGCGAUACCAUGCUUAUCGGCAUCGAUUCAUGCAAAGAUCCUGAGCGUGUUUACCAUGCGUACAACGAUCGUGACGGUGUAACGCACAAAUUCAUUCUCAACGGCUUAAAGCACGCAAACACGCUCAUGGGCGAGGAGGCUUUCGAUAUCCAAGAUUGGGAGGCCAUUGGCGAGUACGACAACCAAGCAGGUAGACAUCACGCUUUCGUCGCACCACGCAAAGACACUGUUGUUGACGGUGUCUCGAUCAAACAGGGCGAACGAAUCCGGAUUGAAGAAUCUUACAAGUACAGUCGUGAGGAAGCGAAAGAGCUUUGGGAGUUGGCCAAACUCGCGGAAAACGUUGUGUGGGCGAACUCGAAGGGCGAUUACGGCCUGCAUUUCGUUUCCAAGCCUGCAAUGUUCUUCCCCACCAAGCCUGAGGAGUACGCGGCAAAGCCAGUACCGUCACUCGUUGAGUGGCAGGAACUUUGGACGGCCUGGGAUGCGGUCUCAAAGCAGAUGAUACCCGAAGAAGAUCUACUCUCCAAGCCCAUCAAGCUUCGCAACGAGUGCAUCUUCUAUCUUGGCCAUAUUCCCACAUUCUUGGAUAUUCACAUCGCCCGUGCCACCGACGGCAAGCCUUCGGACCCUGCUUAUUUCUGGAAAAUCUUCGAGCGCGGUGUUGACCCUGAUGUCGAAGACCCGACUCAGUGCCAUGCCCACUCCGAGGUUCCCGAAGAGUGGCCGCCGUUAAAGAUCAUUCUAAAAUUCCAAGAUACUGUGCGAAACAAGGUCGAAGCGCUCUACAGUUCAGGAGAAGCAGAAACUAACGGCCGCGUGUCUCGAGCACUGUGGAUCGGUUUUGAGCAUGAAGUCAUGCAUUUGGAGACUUUACUCUACAUGCUGAUCCAGAGUGACAAGGUCUUGCCACCUCCUGGAACCAAGGUUCCAGAUUUCGCAGCAUUCGCAGCGCAGUCGCAGACUCUGGCAACCGAAAACCAAUGGUUCACGAUUCCCGAAUCAGAUAUCCAAAUAGGUCUUGAAGACCCUGAGAAUGACUCCAAGACCGAACGAUACUUUGGAUGGGACAACGAGAAACCUCGCCGCUCAGCGCAUGUGAAGUCCUUCCGUGCAAAGGCUCGCCCGAUAACAAACGGAGAGUACGCCACAUAUCUGUCUCAGACAGGAAAGACAGCUAUACCUGCAUCGUGGUGCGAGCAGCCAUACUCCAAUGCCAAGGGCGCAAGCACUAGCAAGAGAGACAGCGUGGUGAACGGUUACCAUGAUGGCGCCAACGGCUCACCUCAGAGCAUUACCGAGGACAAGUUUGUCCGCACUGUAUACGGCACUGUUCCUUUGAAGUUCGCAAUGGGCUGGCCCGUCGUGGCAUCGUACGACGAACUAGCUGGCUGCGCACAAUGGAUGGGCGGCCGUAUCCCCACGGUGGAAGAAGCACGAAGCAUCUACAGCUACGUCGACAGCAUGAAGCCGGAGUUUGAGAAGUCGCUCGGAAACACGAUUCCAGCAGUGAAUGGUCAUUUGAUCAACGAAGGCGUAUUUGAGACGCCGCCAUCACACUCUUUGUCCAACGGCGACUCCGGCGCAGCAUCUGGUCUCAAUCCACGCGAUCUCUUCAUCGACCUUGAAGGGACGAACGUGGGCUUCAAACACUGGCAUCCAGUCUCAGUGGUCGAGAAGGGCAACAAGCUCUGCGGCCAAUCUGAUCUGGGCGGUGUUUGGGAGUGGACUAGUACUGUGCUGGAGAAGCAUGACGGCUUUGAGCCGAUGGAGUUGUACCCGGGUUAUACAGCCGACUUCUUCGACGGUAAACACAACGUCACGCUGGGUGGAUCGUGGGCGACGCACCCGCGCAUUGCUGGGCGAAAGACCUUCGUCAACUGGUACCAACGUAACUAUCCCUAUGUCUGGGCUGGUGCACGUAUUGUAUCGGAUGCCUAG